AUGUUUAAGAAAGAAUUUUAUUUUUACUUCGAAAGACAGUGUCUGUUUGCAAGUCAAAGCAAUCGGUUGUCGAUCACAUCUCUCCGUAUUCUUGGUUUUAGUUUCGAAUUCGUGUUCUGUAAAAUAGAUAUAUCUUCUGAUAAGUGUUGUGUUGGCGUAGUAGUUAAUUCGGAUUGUUUUAAACUACAUUUUACUAAAAGUUUGGAUUUAAUUGUGUUACUUGAUUUGCCACCGGACGAUCAGCGUGUUAUCAAGUUAAGAGUUAAUAGUGAAGGUGUUAAAACUAUUUGCGCUCACCAUUAUGCUAUCUAUUACGAUUAUUAUGACUCGCCUCGCUUUCAUUACGCCAAAAACUGUUGUGACCCGUUCAAAAAGCAUAAACGUGUUGUACGUGGCAUUUACAAAAUCAACCUUGCGUUCAGUGAUAAAGUGCAUGGAUUUGACAAUAAUUUGAGGUUGAUUCCAGGCAAAACCCUUUCCCCUCGGUGCUCAACACAACUUAACGUGCUUUCUAGUGAGCCAAAAACACCGCGACACGAAACUUCUGAAGAAAAUGACACAAAUGAAUGUGUUACAAGUCCGUUCAUUAUCGAAAAGAUCAUAACGCCCCGCCGAGUGAUUGGCGCUCUUUCUAGUGCCACAGUUAUCACACCUAUAGUUGAUCUCAAUAAAAGCAAUUCAGAAAGACGAUCUAGAAUUUGCGCCUCCGUCCUUGAAAACUUAAAACGCAAUAUUUUAAGCCAGGAUGAUUCGUCGUCUUCACUAAAGCCAAGUGAUUAUCUCGAACUAAUGGAAGCUGUCAAAGAAAAAAUCAAGUCAACUGCGGAUCGAAGUUUGCAAUUAUCGCUCCUGACACUCGCUCCCGCUAGUUGGACACUUAAACAAACAAGUGAACAUUUUGGUGUCAGUGAAUAUUCUGCCGCUCAGGCACUCGAGUUGAAAAUAAAAUCUGGAAUUUUAGCGAAACCAGAGGCUAAAAUUUCUUCUCGUCGGUUGAGUGAUGACGACAAACAACGCGUCAUCGACUGCUAUAUAUCUGACGAAUAUAGCCGACAACUACCUGGCAUGAAGAGUGUAAAAAGCGUGAAGCAAGCGGACGGCAAACGGCUUCAAGUUCAAAAACGUUUGCUGCUACUCAAUAUUGAUGAGCUUCAUGGUGAAUAUAAGAAGAAAUUUAAAGACAUCGUCGGAAUAAAAACCGUUGGAUUUUCCGCAUUUGCUGACCUUCGACCAAAACACGUCAUCACCGUCGGAUCCAGCGGCACACAUUCGGUGUGCGGUGUGUGUACCACCAGAACGUGA